UCAAUACGAUAAUAUUUCAUAAGCCUCCUAUAACGCAUACAUAUUUAUUCAUAAAAAAAUAUAUAUCUUAAUCGUUGAACUUCAUUGGCUUCGGGGAUCGUCAAUCUGCCAACAUUUCGUCCAGAAGCAGACUGGAAGACCAUCCACUCAGGAUAAGGUUGGCCGGCCGGACGCGGAUAAUAGCAACAGGUGUUUUUGGAGUGGUCAUGGUGUUAACGUUAGUUAUCCUGAUUCCAGUGCUGGUCAACUCCGCCAGGACAUCCGGGCGCUACGAGAUGCUCGGAUCCUGUCAGAUGGUGUGUGACCCUCACGAGACCAGAUCUACCGCCACUGACAAAACAAAUACAAUCACAGACUCUCGCUUGGUUCAGUCUCUACCAACCUUCAUCCAAGGUCCCAAAGGAGAGCCAGGACGCACGGGAAAAAUUGGCCCUAGAGGUCCUCUUGGUGAGCCAGGACCACCCGGACCUGUAGGACCGCCUGGGAAAAGAGGAGAGCCCGGACCUCCAGGGCCACCGGGAAUGCCCGGAACAAACGGAGCAACAAGUGCCAUAAGCGCAGCUACAUAUAACACCGUUCCAAAGAUAGCUUUCUACGCCGGGUUGAAAAAACAGCACGAGGGGUACGAGGUGCUUAAAUUUGACGACGUGGUCACAAAUCUUGGCAAUCACUAUGACCCUACGACUGGAAAAUUCACCUGUUCGAUACCGGGAAUCUACUUCUUCAUCUAUCAUGUGCUGAUGCGAGGUGGAGACGGCACCAGUAUGUGGGCUGAUCUUUGUAAAAACAACCAGGUGCGCGCCAGCGCUAUCGCCCAAGACGCGGAUCAGAACUACGACUACGCUAGCAACAGCGUCGUACUGCAUCUUGAGCCUGGCGACGAUAUCUACAUCAAGCUGGACGGGGGCAAGGCGCACGGGGGAAACAACAACAAGUACAGCACCUUCUCUGGUUUUAUAAUCUACGCUGAUUAGCAGGACACCAUUUAUUCAACAAUAUGUGACUACAACUUUUCUCGUUUGGAUUGAUUAAACCGCCAUCGUUUCGAAGAGACCGAGGGAUCUUGACGCAGAAGUUAACAUCACUUCGUUACGUGCGCAACACCAAUUUGUGAUCUUUGAACUUACGGAAGGAGAUUGUUUUAUUGUGCAUUAAGAUAGUAUUAUGUACGGCGGGUAAAAUUGAAAUUGUGUUCUUGCUUCAUUUGCAGUUUGUUUUUGCAACUGGGUUUAUUUAGUAAUGUUGUAAGUGUAUUGUCUUGUGAUCCCAGUUUACGUACUCAAUGGAAAUAUUAAGAUAAUUGUUUAGGAAAGAGGCAGCAAAGACUAAUUUGAAACAGGUGCAAAGACUAAUUUGACCUACAAUCAGUACUCCAUAUUUAAAUGAUACUUUACAAAAAUAAAUCAUAACUAUUUGAAAAGGAAAGUGAAGAUUUUUUUUUUUUUUGUUAGGUGUUAUUUUGUCCAAGGUCAACAUAACACUACAUUGGGAAAAUUAUAAUCAUGUCUUUUUUUAAAGCGCCGUUUUAAAAAAGAAACACCUGUGUUUUCAGGCUGUUUGUGUAAGAUUUAACUUCAUAGCAGCAUUUAUUUGCUACU